UGUUAACAGCCAAAUUCAAGCAAUUGAAGCCAAGCUGCGUGCCAUGGAGAGAGACAAAGAGAGGGACCUAGGUCAGUGCUUGCUUGCUACACCUCCUGCCCCAUCACGGCCUGCAGCAGUGGAGCAGCCUGAGAACCAGCACCAACUAAGACCAUACCGGCACCUCCAGAAGACAUCACGAUGACAUUAUACCACUGUGCUACAUGUAUAGUUCAGUAGAACUACAACAUGAAUCUUGUCACCUUACCCGAGAUUUCCAUUUUUAACCCAUUUUUCAGCACUUGAUUGUACAAAAUCUGUGCUAUCUUUUACAGUGUGAUCAGUCAUGAACCUUUCCUGAAUGUGUUCUUGUUCUGGACUCGCCUUGCAUUGUCACUUGAGGACCCUUAAAUGGAUUACACUGAAGACAAUUGUAUAUUGAAAAGAUGAAAUAUAUUUCUUAUUGCCAAAAGUGGG